UGAAAACUCAAAACGUGAUGCUUCAACAGUGCCCAAGUUUCUUGUUUGAGAUUCUUACAGACUACAGGCUACAGCCACCACUAUAUCACUGGAAUAUUUGAGAGAAUCAGAGAAGACCCAAAUCAUGAUCUUCGUUGAUGGGCUUCCAUUCUCUCCUCGUUAUUCUUCAACAUCUCAGGGAAAGGAUAUUCUACUUGCUCUGUUGGAAAAUCCCAUUUUGGUAUCAGCCUCGAACUCUUUCAAAGCUAUCCCCGAGAGGAAGUUCUCAGUGUCUGAAGACUCUACUCUAGAAAGAUCAAAAUGGGUUUAUAUAUUCCAAAGAGAAUAUGCUACUGUUGACCCUGCAGUUGUUGAGUUUGUUGGCACUGAUGAAGCAACAACUUGUGUUGGCCUUGUUAUUCGGAACCGAAGGAAUGGAAUGACAUCAGUUGCUCAUAUGGAUUCACCAAAAAUUGUAGAAAUGGGCCUCUCUCAAAUGCUAUCACAACUAGUUGAUGGCUUGGACACUGAGUUCGAUGUGCAUAUAAUUGGUGGUUUUGAAGAAGUUUCUCUGCAGCAUGCCAAGGCUAGCACUGAAUCAGAAGCCCAAGCAGAAUUCGGUGAUCAUUCCUUUCCUUUGUGCACAAAAAUUGUUCAGACUUUAUGGGCAAGAGAGGAGAAGUUUCACAUUCGGACUAUUUGUGUUCUUGGACAUAAUACCAGAAGGGAUUCCAAUGGAAAUGCUUACCCGUUGUUCAAUGGAUUUGUGGUUGAGACUACUUCAGGAAAUAUCAUCCCUGCAAGUUUUCAUACAAGUACCAGAUGCCCAGAUGAAAUUGUCAGAAGAAUACGAGUGUCUGCUUCUUAUGAAGAUACCAGUUGGAAUGGGAAGUUAAUAGAGACAUAUGAUACUGCAACUGACCAGUUUCAAAUUGCUCCUUGCAGAUGGACUCAUCGCCAGUACUAUGCUGCUUUGUCGCUUCUGCAGUAUACAGAUUCAGAAAUUCUUUCAGUAUGCUCCACCUCACCUACCGCCGAGGGCUCAGAUUUUGUGGACAAUUUGAAGAGGGUGUAGACCUUUCAUUGGCCUUGAUGGCACAUUCUUAAAGGGCUUCUAUGGAGGACUUCUACUCACUGCAAUAGGUUAAGAUGCCAACAACCAGAUUUUUCCAAUUGCUUAUGCCAUGGUGGAUUCAGAAACUAGAGAUAACUGGAAAUAGUUCUUGGAGCAUUUAUACAAUGACUUGGACAACUACAAGGUUUAUGGUUGAAACUUCAUUAGUGACCAACAAAAGGUAUGCAUUUACACAUAUUAAUUGAACAACGUCUAAUUCCAGCUAUGCAACAAGUUAUGCUGGAGUUCAUCAUCGCUUCUGUGAUAUGCAUAUUUGGAAUAAUUUCACAAAGAGAUGGAAGGACAAACAACUCAAAGGGGCAGUGUGGGAGUGUUGUCGAGCAACCACAACUCAAGAAUUUGAUGCUGUAAUGUUGAGACUGCAACGGAUCAAUACUGGAGCAUGGGAGUAUCUGAACAAGCUUGAUCGGAAGUAGUGGAAGAAAAUCAGCAAGUAGAACUAGCACAAUGGCUGCAACUCAAAAUUAGUUGAUUUGGAGAAAGGAGUUUUUUGGCUUUGGUGUUCCCAUUUGGGCCUGCAGAUUUCUGAUUGGAGUUUAAAAAAUUGUUGUUAUCAUUUCCUGUGUUAGGGUUCAUAUGGUUCGAAGAGAUUAGAGAAGGAAGAGGAUGAACAGUGAUUUCAUUAUUCCUUUUUCUUAUAUUUAUUUCAACAAAUUUCAUAAUGAAUAUUUCUAUUUUCUACAGUGUCACCUCAAAUUGGCCACAUCAUACAAUACCGUGCCACCUGGCCUCCACCACUGCCGAAAAAUUUAUUCAGGUCACAGAAGGGUAGAAUUGACAAUGGAAUUUUAUAUUUAUGUGUGCAAAUGACUUGUUAAAAAAUUUAGGAGUACAUCUGUCCACCGUGUGAAAAUUCAGGUGUACUUUUGUCUAUUUUUUCUAAUAUAAAGUAUACUUUUUAUUCUUAAUAUUUUUCAAAAAUUUAAAAAUAGUCCUCAUAUUUAAUUU